AUGACAACUUUCCUUCACUUUUUAAACCUUAUCCUGGUCGUCGUGGCGCUGUCUCCCGUGCAGCGUCUCACUACUCCAAAGCCAAAUACCGUGAACUGUUUACGUAGCGAAGUAAUUAAGUUCGGGGCAUUUGAGCAAGUAGGCUACAUGACAGCUGGAAUGCAAGACAUCCGGACACUUAUUGAGAAGUUCCUCAAGCAAAACUUCCACAACACAGAUCCAGUUCAGAUGUAUGCUGUGUGGUACAACCAGAAGGGAAUACAAACCCUUACAUAUCCUGGGGUCAUUCUCACAAGGAAUAAACAAUACGAUCCAAAGUGGUACCCCUACUUCUUGCCUCACUACUUCGAAUACAGAGAAACAACGGAUUUGAAGACAAAGAAAAUGGUAAGGAGCAUGCACAAGUUAAGUAUGGCAGAAUUCACGUCUAAAUAUCUUCACUGUAAGAGAUGGGUUUAA